GGGAAAGACAGGAAAAAGCUCCCUUUGCCUCAACUCGCAAGCCUUCCUUGGCACGCUAGGAGGCCUCUGAGCUCCUUCUCCGCCUUCUGGAGAAAAGAACCACCCCGCAAGAGUCCAGCGAGGUUUCGCACCUGGCCAGGAGGAGAGGGACAAAGCGGCUUCCAGCGCAGAGCUGAGUCUCGGGCUGCUCCGGGGGAGGGUGUUGGCGUCGGGGGCGGGGCCCCGGGCGCCCAAUCGCCUUAUUUCCCCGCCCCCUCCCUUUUCCACCAACAGUGCGCCGCGGUGGGCGGUCCCUGUUACGGCAGCCGUUCCUGGGUGCGAUUUUUUUUCCUGCCCCCCGCCUUUUCUCUCUCUUUUUCUAUUUUUUUUCUUUUCCCUUUUUGUGAAUGAAAAAAGGAGGUCGUGAGCGGCUCCCGGGACUGCAGCGCUAGGCAGGCGUCUUCUGGCAGCGCCAGCGCCGCGGGCCUCGCCCGGCUGCUCACACUCCCGCGCCCGCAGCCUGCACGCAGAGCCCGGCUCGGCCCAGCAGCCCGAGGUCUGGGCGGCCGCGCAGCCCAGCCCGCGCCCCGCGCCUCCAUGACAUUGGGCGCCCGGGGCGCGGGGAGAUGCUGAUCCGGAAGAGGCAGUGUCUGCAGUGCAGCGCCGUCCGGCCUGGGCUGCUCUGCCAGAGUUUCUGAUCCGUCGCGAGCCGGGCCGGACCUGGAGCCCACAGCGGCGCGGCGAGGGAGGCCGGCGUCGUCCUAGCUUGCCCGCGCGGAGUGACCCCAGACAUCUCACUAAAAUGAGCGUGCUUAGCAGGAAGAGAUGUGUUCCGUACACUAGCAAUUACCCCGUCACAUGUAGUGGUGUCCCAAUUAAUGGAUUCUGACAUGGAUUAUGAAAGGCCAAACGUAGAGACCAUCAAGUGCGUGGUGGUGGGGGACAACGCUGUGGGCAAGACCAGGCUCAUCUGUGCCCGGGCCUGCAAUGCCACCCUCACCCAGUACCAGCUGCUCGCCACCCAUGUGCCCACAGUGUGGGCCAUCGACCAGUAUCGUGUGUGCCAAGAGGUGCUGGAACGCUCCCGAGACGUGGUAGAUGACGUCAGUGUCUCUCUGCGCCUCUGGGACACCUUUGGAGACCACCACAAAGAUCGUCGCUUUGCUUAUGGGAGAUCAGAUGUGGUGGUUCUGUGCUUCUCCAUUGCCAACCCCAAUUCCCUCCACCAUGUCAAGACGAUGUGGUACCCAGAAAUCAAGCACUUCUGCCCCCGAGCGCCUGUCAUCCUGGUGGGCUGCCAGCUGGACCUGCGGUAUGCUGACUUGGAGGCUGUCAACAGGGCAAGGCGCCCCUUGGCCAGGCCUAUCAAACCCAAUGAGAUCCUUCCCCCGGAAAAGGGUCGGGAGGUGGCCAAGGAGCUGGGCAUCCCUUACUAUGAGACCAGCGUGGUGGCCCAGUUUGGCAUCAAGGACGUCUUUGACAAUGCCAUCCGGGCUGCGCUCAUCUCCCGGCGCCACCUGCAGUUCUGGAAGUCUCACCUCCGCAAUGUUCAGCGGCCUCUACUCCAGGCACCCUUCUUGCCUCCCAAGCCACCACCCCCCAUCAUUGUGGUGCCCGACCCCCCCUCCAGCAGUGAGGAGUGCCCCGCCCACCUCCUGGAGGACCCGCUCUGUGCGGAUGUCAUCCUGGUGCUGCAGGAGCGGGUGCGUAUCUUUGCCCACAAGAUCUACCUCUCCACCUCCUCCUCCAAGUUCUACGACCUGUUCCUCAUGGACCUGAGUGAGGGGGAGCUGGGAGGCCCCUCGGGGCCAGGGGGGCCCCGCCCAGAGGACCACCGGGGCCACCCCGACCAACACCACCACCAUCACCACCACCACCAUGGGCGGGACUUCCUGCUACGGGCAGCCAGCUUUGAUGUAUGUGAGAGCGUGGAUGAGGCGGGAGGCUGUGGUCCUGCUGGUCUCCGAGCCUCAACCAGUGACGGCAUCUUGCGGGGCAGUGGAACAGGGUACCUGCCGGGCAGAGGUCGUGUGCUGUCUUCCUGGAGCCGAGCUUUUGUCAGCAUCCAGGAAGAGAUGGCAGAGGAUCCUCUGACCUACAAAUCUCGGCUGAUGGUGGUGGUGAAGAUGGACAACUCCAUCCAGCCAGGGCCCUUCCGGGCUGUUCUCAAGUACCUGUACACAGGGGAGCUGGGUGAGAAUGAGCGGGACCUCAUGCACAUUGCCCAUAUUGCUGAGCUGCUGGAAGUCUUUGACCUGCGCAUGAUGGUGGCCAACAUUCUCAACAAUGAGGCCUUCAUGAACCAGGAGAUCACCAAGGCCUUCCACGUCCGCCGCACCAACCGGGUUAAGGAAUGCUUGGCGAAAGGCACCUUCUCAGAUGUGACCUUCAUCCUGGAUGAUGGCACCAUCAGCGCCCACAAGCCCCUGCUGAUUUCCAGCUGUGACUGGAUGGCUGCCAUGUUUGGGGGGCCGUUUGUGGAAAGUUCUACCAGGGAGGUGGUGUUCCCCUACACGAGCAAGAGCUGCAUGCGGGCUGUGCUGGAGUACCUGUACACCGGCAUGUUCACCUCCAGCCCUGACCUGGACGACAUGAAGCUCAUCAUCUUGGCCAACCGCCUCUGCCUGCCUCACUUGGUUGCCCUCACAGAACAGUACACAGUGACCGGGCUGAUGGAAGCAACCCAGAUGAUGGUGGACAUUGAUGGGGACGUCCUCGUGUUCCUGGAGCUGGCUCAGUUCCACUGUGCAUACCAGUUGGCCGACUGGUGUCUCCACCACAUCUGCACCAACUACAACAACGUAUGCCGCAAGUUCCCCCGAGACAUGAAGGCCAUGUCCCCAGAAAAUCAGGAAUACUUCGAGAAGCACCGCUGGCCACCUGUCUGGUACCUGAAGGAGGAGGACCACUACCAGCGUGCGCGCAAGGAGCGCGAGAAGGAGGACUACCUGCACCUGAAGCGGCAGCCUAAGCGGCGCUGGCUGUUCUGGAACAGCCCCUCCUCCCCAUCCUCCUCCGCAGCCAGCUCGGCAUCCCCAUCCUCUUCCUCGGCUGUGGUCUGAGAUGCUGCCACUCUCUCCCAACCCUGCUGCUGUCCUGUUUGCCCUUGACCCUGCGCUCUUCAGCAUCACCCCCUCCACCCAACAGGGACAAGAGGACCCACCUCCCAGGACCCUAAGGGCAGAGUGGGUGUCACCAGCCAGCACGGCUUAGGAGCUGUCCAUCAGACAGGGUUACCCACAGGGCCCCUGGUUCCAGGCAGGGCAGGGUCCCUGCUGAGAGGGGAAAGGGCUCCAGCAUUUUCUCUCUGGGCUUCAGAACCCAAGAGUCAGAGAAAAAUGACUCCCUGCAGGCUGGCCUGUCUGCAUGUCUGUCCCUGCUCUGGCCAGGGAGGCAGGCCUGUCCCAGACAGCAGCAAAGGCCCAGCCUGUCAGCCAUGUCUUUCCAUCUGUGGACUUGAGGGUAGCAAACGUUUCGUGGGUGUUGCUACAUGGAACACACUCAGAUCCUCACUGGGGAAAUCAGGGUACAAAUUAAGCUUUCAGAGCCCAACUCAAGAUAGACAUCUACGGCCUGGGGUGUAGCUGGAGGAGGCCAUAUGUGCAAAGGUUUUUCUGUGAAUGUUUUCAUCCGGCCAGUGUCCCUGUAGGCCUGUGGACAACACAGGCCUAGGGCAGGUGGCAGAGGUGUUGGGAAGCCUCAGGCCUGGAGGCAGGGCCUCAUGGUGCAAUGAGAAACUUCUCUCUUCCUCCUCCUGCACACAGAUGGGAGUCGGAGGAAGCAGUUGGGGUGGGAGAGGAGGAGGAAGGGUGCGGUUUGUGCAGAGCAGUUCCUUGCUCCUGGGGGUGGGGGGGCUUGCUCUGCCCCUGGGUAGCACUGCUUUUUGUAAGGUGGGGCCAGAUUAG